GUAUUACAAUAUAAAAAGCGACAGUCUAACUUUUGUCUAUUGAUGUCAUUAUGCAGCCAAAAGUCGUAAAUGCAUUUCAAAGAGUAAAAGUUGAAGAAGUUCAGUAUGCUGAUGAAAGAAUGCAAGACAACUCUUAUUGGGCUCUGGAUGAUUCAGGAUCUGGUUAUGGUGCGAAAGCUCAAGAAGUUCUGGGUCAAGUUAGAGGAAGAGAUUUCAGGCAUGAGAAGACCAAGAAAAAGCGUGGAACAUACAGGGGAGGACAGAUAGAUUUACAAUCUCACUCCAUAAAAUUCAAUUAUUCAGAAGAGGAAUGACCUCAGGAUCAUCCACAAAAGUAUUAUUUUUGAAUUGCUCCAUCCCCGACUAUGCCAGAGAGAAAAUUUGAGUAAAAAUAUCUUAAUUUAAAUUUGAUUAGAAUGUAUUUUAUGAGCAUUGUAUUUACUUUGAGAUGAGCGCAACACUUGGAAUAUAUUUUAUGAUCAUUAUAUUUACUUUGAGAUUAGCGCAACA